AUGCAAUCCAAGGUCUGGAAGCGGCCGCUGCCCAUCGUUGUGGCGGUGCUCGUAGUCCUGCUGGUGAUGCGGCUGACCAGCACCGUGUCGUGGGAGUCGACACUAGCGGGCUUCUCCGGUCAGCAGCACGACGACGACGACAACGACGAGCUCGGGAGCGAGGGCGAGCUCUUCGACGAACGCUGCUCCCCUGUGAAGGGAGGAGUCCCCGUGCACCCCAAGUCCCAGUCCGACACCAACGCUGCUGCUGCUGCUGCAUUGGCUGCUGAGAUUGCAGCAGUGCCGUUCCAGUGCAUGCCGUCGACGCUGAGCUCGCAUCUGCUUGACGCGCCUGUUGGCGUGCUGCGAAUCUACGUGUACAAGGAGCUGCUGCCCUCAGGGGACCUGCUUCGCGACCACUGCACAGCGGCUGGUGCUAGCGCAGAGGUACACUUUGCCAAGCGACCAGAGGAAAAGUACUUUCUGGACUGGCUGGCAACGUCCAAGCACGCGACAAGCAACCCGAACGAGGCUCACUUUUUCAUCAUCCCAACACCCAUCGAGUGCCUUUUUCGAAUCACCGACGACGCAUCCUUGCCCGCGCUGGAAGUGGUCCAGAAUGUGCUCAACAACCACAAUUACAGCAUCCGCGCCGGUCACGACCACGUCCUCUUCACGUCGAGCAUGGCGGAACGAGCACAAACCGAAGUCUUCCAUGGCGCGUCAGAGCAAAAGUACUACUCGCCAGUCGCAGUUCACUUUCCAAACGUCAUUUUGAUGUCUACAGAGUCCAUGUACACGCAGUGGUUUCGUCCGCCGCGCGACAUUGUGAUUCCCCCAGCCCUCAACGUUGACGACUACCUCGACGUCCUCGCCUCGAGCGAAAGCGAAGAGAGCUUCAACGAAGACCGGCCCCAACUCUGCAGCUAUGUCGGCGAUUUCAACAGCUCUGCAGAGCGCAAAUCAAUAGGGGACAGUGCCACGUUGCGCGCAAAGUACACGCCAGUGGUCACCAUCACCGACGCUGUCACUGCUCCAGCGGAGGUUGCAGCCAUCUAUCGCCAAAGUUCCUAUUGCCUGGCCGCACAGGAUGAAACUCCCUCCACAAUGCAAAUGUACGAAAUCAUGGCUGCCGGCUGCAUCCCGGUGCUAUUGACGCGCAACUACCUGCUUCCAUUCCCCAACCACAUUGACUGGGAGUUGCUCAUUGUCCGGUGGUUGGACGAAGAUAUCAAGGGGAUUUCCAUCUAUAUCCAUCUUGAGAACCUGCCUCGCGCACACCUCGUCGAACGCCGGUUUCUAGUACGUCGCGCACGGUCCUUGCUCACCUACGGAGUUGAGCGACCAUCGCCGCCCGUCGCCGCGUUCACCCACGAAGAUCCCCACGUUCGGCGUCGCGCCUAUUACACCGGCCCCAGCGGCAUGAUUGUUCGAGAGCUAGCCGACCGCUUUUGCCGCAAGUAUCUGCUCUGA